AUGAACAUCCCUCUAACUGUCUCCAAUGAUCUGCCAUAACCAAACUUUUACUAGAUGAACGAAUAUAGAUAAGUUACAACUAGAACAAAUAGCCUAUAGAUAAUGUUCUCUUUACCUGGUAUCUAAGUUUAAGAGUAAUUUUAAAAAAAGUCCACAUUUAGUUUUGGUUAACAAAGGGAAAGGUAUUUCAAUAUAUUUCCAACAAACUUUUGUGGACAACCAGCAUUAUAAAUGCCAUUAUUUACAAGCAUAAAAACUCAUGUUCCCGAGCGAUUUUGCGGUGGUGACUUGCCCCCAUUAUUAGUAUUUGUAUAGAAAAGUUAAUAACCAAAUCUUUAAUAAAUACCCUAUGGACCAAUUCAGGAUGGAUUCUUUUUGAAAUUGGAGAGAAAGUGGAGAUGCAGUUAAUGUUGUUUUAAUAGAUCUCCUCUAGAUGUAAUUUAUAUUGAAAAUGGUUAAAAUGUGCUCUUAGGAUAAAUUGAAGUUCCAUAUGCCAUACUACAUCAAACUUGUAAUAUAUAUGAUAGGAAUAAUAACCUAAAGUAUAAUAUCACUUAAAGGCUUUUCGGGGAAUCUACAAAGCUUAGUUUUUUUCCUUGGGAUGAAAGAGAGAGUCAACUUUUCUUUGAUAUCAAGGAUUCAAGAGGUCAAAUAGUUUCAUAGAUGAGAAAAUAGACUAAAAGUAAGUUUAAUUAUGAUGUAUCGGUUAAUUUUAGUCUUAUAUUUCCUCAAAAUUCAAUACCUGAGGAGAAGGCUUUACUUUUAGCUGCAAUAUUAAUGUUUGAAUGCAUGUAUUUUUGA